CGAGGCGACCAUCCAAACUUGUAACGUCUUCUGCGGUGCCCGGAUCCAACAUUGCCGCUUAAGCCGUCCGACUGCGCUUGGGACUCCUCCUAAAGCUCUCCUUUUCCCCUCCACUGCGUCGCCGACGAAGUCCUUCCGAUACCAUGGCGUUACAUCUGAGCAUGGGCGAAGCCCACCGCCGCAUCAUCGAGUACCUGGCCCGCUUCUCCGAUGCCGUCUCCUCUCAGGACGGCUCCGCCCUCAAGCCCCUCCUUGCAGUCUCCUCCAACUCCCCCUACCUCCUCUCCCUCGCCGACGCCCUCAACGUCUUCCAGGACUCCAGCCGAUUAGUGAAUCAGACGGACAAAUACUCCCUUCUUGGAGAGAUCCUCAUCCCUCACUUCCGCUGCCUUCAGAGCUUUCGAAUCGGCCGCUUCGUCGACGCUUACGUUGCCUUUGAGAAGGCCGCAAACGCGUUUCUGCUGGAGUUUCGGAACUGGGAAACGGGGUGGGCGAUGGAAGCGAUGCAUACUGUGGCGCUUGAGAUACGGGUUCUUGCCGAGAAAGCUGACAGAGAGCUGGCGCUGAGUGGGAAGAAUCCAGAGAAGCUGCAGGGAGCCGGCUCGUUCCUGAUGAGGGUCUUCGGGGCUCUUGCGGGUAAAGGCCCCAAACGUGUUGGAGCUUUAUAUGUGACCUGCCAAUUAUUCAAAAUAUACUUCAAGCUUGGUACAGUGCAUCUGUGUCGCAGUGUCAUAAGAAGUAUUGAGACUGCUCGAAUAUUUGAUUUUGAGGAAUUUCCAGCUAGAGACAAGGUCACCUACAUGUAUUAUACAGGCCGCUUGGAAGUUUUUAAUGAAAAUUUUCUUGCUGCUGAUCAGAAACUAAUGUAUGCCCUAAUGCAUUGCGAUCCUCGGAGCGAAGCUAACAUAAGGAUGAUUCUGAAGUAUCUCGUUCCGGUAAAGCUUUCAAUAGGUAUCUUGCCUAAAAUGGGGCUUCUUGAGAAGUAUAAUCUGCUCGAGUAUAAAGAUGUUAUAAAUGCGCUUAAAAGGGGAGAUCUCAGACUUCUCAGACGAGCCCUGCGAGAGCAUGAGGACCAAUUCUUGAAAUCAGGUGUUUACCUUGUUCUGGAGAAGCUGGAGCUCCAAGUUUACCAAAGAUUGGUCAAAAAGAUCUACAUCAUUCAAAAACAAAAGGACCCUAGCAGAGCACAUCAAAUGAAGUUGGAAGUGAUAGCAAAAGCAUUGAAAUGGCUCGAAAUGGACAUGGAUGUUGAUGAGGUGGAGUGUAUUAUGGCCAUUCUCAUUUAUAAGAAUCUAAUUAAGGGUUACUUUGCUCACAAAAGCAAAGUAGUUGUCCUCAGCAAACAAGAUCCCUUUCCCAGAUUGAAUGGCAAACCUGUAAACUCAUAGGUCCGGUUAUUCAGCACCUGCUGUGCUAUGUGUACAGUGGUGGUUCAUUCACUGCUUGAGGAAGUGGAGCUGGCUCGCAUUUCUUCUCUCACGUUCUUCUGUACCAGUAGUUGUUGACCAUGGUGUUGUGGGGUGAUGAAGUCCACUUUUAUCACUGCCCCGGCAGCUUACUUGACAAUCGUGUAAUGAUUUCACUGUGGUACCAUAUUUAUUGUUUAUUGCAUAUUUUUGUAGAUAUGAUAUACAAUAUAUUUAUAAGAAAAUCUGUUUUGGAAUCCAA